CAGUCUACGUCAGUCUGGAUUGCGCAAGGGGCGCUGUCGAACGUGCGGCACGCAUGCGCGCUCUGCAUGAGCUGGCUGAAAGAAUAUUGACAGCCUAAAUAAAAUUAAACAAUUUGUUUUAAUUUAUUAAAAUGAAUAAGUAUCCCAACACUCAUUUAACACUAAUUUUCUGAUGUUUAUUAUCAUCAGUUGUGCUAGUGGUCAUGGUGCACAAAAAAUAAAUAAAAAAAAGGAAAAAUCGAUUAAAUAAAAGUGUGGUUUUAUUAUAUUCUGUUCUGUAAGCGGACUUUUUGUUAGUUUUGCAACAAGUGCCGCUCGUUUGGUGAUGGUGUGUCGAGUCUGUGAAACAGGUUUAUAGACCGUUGGCUUUUUUGUGUAUAUAUUAUUGUGUAUGUAUAAUUUGCGAGUGCUCUGUGGAUCCGUUAGUGAUGCUGCAAGUCGGAUGCCACCUUCCACUCGUCGCAUGAAAGUCUUGGCGUAGGUGAUCGUCGGCGGUGGUGAACGAAUGAUGAGCGGGAUCGUGUUCAUCAUCACCAGGCGUCAUGGCCGCCCUGUCCUGCUACCAGCCCUGCCGGUCUCACCUCGCCCAGCCCGCUAGAUGCCUGGACGAUGAGGAGACUCACGCAGCUACCCUCUCGCUCCGACGGCAGCAGUUCAUAGAGAGAUGCCACGAGAGCCGCGCCGUGAGGAACUGGGACUCCAUUCCUGAGGUGUCGGUGAAGAAAACCAGGGAGGAGCUGACGAAGCAUGCGUCACAAACCCUGCCGCUGACCCGGCGGCUGAACGUGGAGUCAGGGUGGUCGAAGGUCGAGGAGGUGCGCAAGAAGUUUGAGGGCGCCGCCAGCGCUACCUCCUUCUCUAGGUCAUUUGAGUCUCCUCCGAGGCGUCGCUUAGCCGACUCCCUGUUCGCGAGCUUCAAGCUGCCGCGCAAGAAGGACGGCAUGUCGCAGUCGCGCUCGCUCGCACCUCAACCGCAGCAGAAACGCAAGUCGGCGGUCGAGCUACUCGCCGAGAGUAAAGCCUUCUACGUCAAGUCCGAGACUGUGCUGGAUAGGAAGCAGGAACUUCCUCUGAGGAUGAGCAGCGGACUAGGACAGGCGAUAGCCGCGGGCGGCUGUCACCUCGUCAGCUCCAGUACACUCACCAAUGACGCCUGCUGCAAUCCAUAUGCAACAACCAGGAGCAUAGGCAGCACCCGCCGAGCGGUCAGCGCGGGCGAAGGUCUGCAGAACACUCUGAGAAGGCUGCUCGAGCAUUCCGACAGUAGGGAGAACGUGUAUGCACCGACUUAUGGGGCCCACAAAGUAUUCCCAGACUCGCGCCGUCUCAAAGACUCUUACCCUGACCGGGAGAUGCGUUCCCAACACACGUCUGGCACGUACUCUGGGACGUUCUCCGGGACCUCCUCCUCAGGGACUUCGGGCUCCAAGCACAAGUCCGACCCUGACAAGAUGAGCCGGCCGCUGAGCUUCGGGGAUGCGAGGGUCUUCUUCCCUGAGUCGUUUGUAAUACCGCGCCAGAGGGCCAACGAAGUUGUUAUCAAGAGUCAAUAUUCUAUACCGAGUUCGCACUCGAGCCCGCGCCACAUGCAGCUGCCGGAGCCGGAGCCGGCGUCGCCGGGCGCCAUCAGCCCGCCCGCGCAGUACGCGCACUCCGCGCCCCGAUACCUCAGAUCGAAUUCCCACUCGCAGCCGAGCAUGCGGGAAGAGGACAGCUGCCCCAACAUCAACAGUCACAAGUCUCUGCCAGACCUUCACACGCAGACCAGGUGUUACCCUGAGCAUGCUAAUGUGGAAAGCACAGCGACCAUAGGUUCGAUAGGCCGUUCGCCGCGGCGACGACGACACUCCACGCACCAGCGAACUGCCUCCUGCUCGUCCAAGGGUACCAGGUCUAACCAAUCGUCCCUGAUGUCGUCGUGCGAUGCGUUUUCGGAGCACCCGUCGCCAGGGGAGGACAACUAUCAAUCUUACAAUAGCCGCUGUGGAUCGUCCUUCGCCCGCGACUCAGGGGGCUCCAGCGGCCACUACACCCAGCGCAGCGCCCCGCCGCACGCGCAUCAGCAUAGAACUGAUUCCGGAUCGUCUACACAACAUGAACAGACAAGCCGUUACAACUCGUACUACAUGGAACCGGGAGUGCCUCUAGAAUGUUACGUGUCGGCCCCCCCACAGUUCCAAGAUGGCGCGCCCUCCCCCCCGCCACCGCCGCACCCCCCACUGCCACACUCUCACUAUGCACAGCCUAGAGUCGGAAUUCACUUCCAGGCGAGCGCACCGCCCCCGCAGUUCCAAGAUGACCCGCCAAUGUAUGACUACGGCGAUUACGACUACCCGCAUCGGACGCCUGUCAAGUGUGCCAAUAUCAGGAAAGACUAUACCAGUUCCAGGGAUUAUAAUAGAUACCACGAACCCAACACGGAGCUGGUGAGUAAGCAGCCAGUGUGCCAGGAGCACCGCCUGCGCCCGCGCAUCGACGACACGCAGUACGUCAACGCUCCACAGAUAUGUCCACCGGAGGAAGUGACGUCGCCGCUAGGCACGUUCAAGCGGCAGCGCUGUCUCCGCUACAAGCAACGACGACCGCGCCCGAUCCUGAGAUCUAAAUCAGAUAUUUCCGAUAGAUACAGACGCACAGAUGGCCGAAGCCCCGCAUCGGCUCCGUGUGAAGGCGAGGACUCGCCGGACAGUCCUUCAGAAGAAUCCGCGAGGCUCCAGAACUUCUUCGAACGACUCGGGCUUGACGCGAGGCAGUACGAUGCUCUCAUACGAGACCAGCCUCCCGAGAGUCCUGUAUUCUUUUCAUCGGCUUCCACUGUGGAUUCUAAUCAAUUAGCCGCCACUGCGGAUUAUACGGUACAAGGCCCUGCUAAUGUACAGAAGCAAAUUUACCGUAACACUGAGCCACCCAGUGUAGUCGAACGAAACGCCCGCAUCAUCAAGUGGCUGUGUCAGUGCCGCAAAACGCAGAUGCAGCCGCCACAAUGAGUGACGAAACGGGCACUAGUAACAGUCAUAAACGUUAAUCUUUAAUUGUAGUGGUUUAAGAAUAUUGGAUGAAUUUUCUUCCUGCAUUCCUGUUGUGCUACUAUAAAAUCGAACGUAAUGUUAGAUAGGGGACUAUUUUAAACGUGGACAAUUCUAAAAUAAAAUUAAUAACUGCACAACUGUCAUGUGUUCAGAAAAGAGGAAAAGGCUUUGAUAGGCGAAGAAAUCUUUAUUAUAUGAGAGAAUUUUAAACACCUGAUAAAAUAUGUUUGUAUGGCACGUCGCAACACGUAAAAUCAAGCGCGGUCAAUUUCCAAUAUGCAAGUUUCCCAUUGAACAGACGGGCGUAUUAAAGAGUUGAUGGCACUGACGCGACAAAUGUAGAUUUAUAACAUCCUGUAGGUAAGUCGAACAAACAUCUUUGCACUCUAGGCUAGGUCUGAUUUUGAGACAAUGACACACAGUUCUCGAAAUGGAUUCCUUUUUAAAAUAAUUAUUAAUAUGGCAAGGCCAUCGACUGUUGGUAUGGUAACUAACUGAUACUAGUUCAUUAUUUAGUUUUUGCUAAAAUAAGACUAUAAAUAUAACUCGAUGGGUUACUGUUUACUUAUUGGUUUUUAAAUCUUCUUAUUCUUUCUAGUCACGAUACAUUUACCUAUCGCUGUAUUCAUUCGAAAUUUAUACUUUUUAAUAAUACAAAACAAAAGCUGCACUUCUAAAAAAAAAUAUAACCCAUCGGAGAAAAUAGAUUGUAACAUCAUUUUGCUAUUCUUAAAUUACUUUGAUAGUUUUGGCAAAUUUGGUUUCCGUUCUAAACAAAGUAGGAUAAAUUAGUAUGCAAGCUCACCAAAGAUACAGACUAUAUGAAUAUUAUUUAAUAUGAAGUUGAGACUUGG